AUGUCCAUGGCUACAGUGAGCGUACCGUUACUCGGCCGCGACUGUGCAAGGCAAGAGGAGGUACGUACCGCCUUCCAGCAGUGGGGAAACAGGAGCCGCCGCCGCGCACCGGCAGCGCACCCUCCUUUUCUGAGGCUUCUCCUCAUUUUCUCAAUCCAUCCUCCAUUCAACUUUCCUUGGCGAAAUGCAAGCACAACGCUUGGCAGACUUUCACCUACCGGUGAUCACCUCACACCUCGCCUCUACACCACCACCCUCUUCGUACGAACAGAGAGUGCCGUGUCUCAGGGUCCUGGCAAACUGGGUUGCGAGGAGGAACGUUUGACACAUGCAAGCUCCGCUGGGUUACCCAACGCCGACGUUCCCCUGGAGCGUUUAUCUCGAUCACAGACCCAAUCAUCGCUUGCUCACUCAAUCGUAUGCCAUCAAAGCAAGCACGGGUCAAGCCAAUGA